ACUUUGGAGGGAACACCACGCAGUAUUAAAGAAUACAGUCAGUUAGGAUAGUCAGUUAUUCAGCUAAAGCUCGUUUAUCUGAGAGGUUCGGCAGUUGGUCAUGUACCGCUGUUUAUCCAGCGUUUUCUGUCUAAAUGGAGGAAGAAGCAUUUCAAACACACCACGACACCAGCAGCUGUUAUGGGCCAUAGGAAAGAUGCACACACCGGCUGCCUUUAACUCCUUUUUAUGUUGGUGCAUGUAUUCCACCAAGACCAGUCCACUGCUGCACUGGACACUGAACACUCAGCAGCCGAGCUGGGCUCUCCAGUCUGUCUUACACCGCUACACGAGCUCCUGGACAUCCAGAAAAAAUGUGCCAAGUGCCUUUCCAGUAAUAGAUGGUGUUUUUCAUCCAAUACACAGGCAUGUGUUCGAAACAAAUUUACGAAACAGCCAGAUAUGCCAACAAAGGUACCAGGAACAAAGAGAUAAAGUGUUAAAGGGAGGUGGCCAAAAUGCCAUAACACGACACACACAGAGGAACAAGAAGAUUCUGGCCCGUGACAGAAUCCGCAUGCUACUGGAUGAUGAAGAUUAUCUAGAGCUUUCUCCUUUUGCUGGAAUGGGUUUAGCCUAUGGAGACAUUCUGUCAGCUGGCGUAAUCACAGGUAUUGGUAAAAUAAAUGGGAUCUGGUGUGUGUUUGUUGCUAAUGAUGCCACAGUGAAAGGAGGCACAGGGUACCCUAUAUCAGUAAAGAAACAGCUCCGGGCACAAGAAGUGGCCAUGCAGAAUCGUCUGCCCUGUGUGUACUUGGUGGAUAGUGGUGGUGCAUUUUUACCUCUUCAGGCAGACAUCUUCCCUGAUAAGAACCACGGUGGCCGCACUUUUUACAAUGAAGCUAUAAUGUCAGCAAUGAAGAUUCCACAGGUGUCAAUGGUGUGUGGAUCAUGCACAGCUGGCGGAGCAUAUACACCUAGCAUGGCAGAGGAAGCUGUCAUAGUUGACAGGAUAGGAACCAUCUUUUUAGGUGGUCCACCCCUGGUUAAAGCUGCUACAGGUGAGGAGGUAACUCCUGAAGAGCUUGGAGGGGCCACUUUACACUCAAAAGUGAGUGGCGUUGUGGAUCAUUUUGCUGCUGAGGAGAAGGAGGCAUUUGAGUGCGUCAGAAACAUCAUCUCCACUCUUAACUUCCGCCUUCCAGAGGAGAGCACCACUGAGGUCGAGGAGCCACUGUACCAUAAUGAGGACCUUAUGGGCCUUGCUCCACUGAACUACAGUUACAGCCUGGAUGUCAGACUGAUCGUGAGCCGACUGGUUGAUGGCAGUCGUUUCCAGGUGUUCAAGGCCCGCUAUGGUACCCCUCUCCUUACUGGGUUCGCCAGAAUUGAAGGACAUCUGGUUGGUAUUGUGGCAAACAAUGGGGAGCUGACAUACGAAGCGUCUCUCAAAGGUAGCCAUUUUGUUCAGCUGUGUGACCAGAGAGACAUUCCCCUAAUCUUUCUGCAGAACACAGCUCCAGAGCCUGCCCACACUUUCUCAAAAAACAAGGCAGAGUCUAACUCUAACAGACUCAAAGCUCAAGGAUCCAUGAUGUCUGCUGUUGCCUGUGCUUCUGUUCCUAAGAUCACUGUGGUCAUCGGGGGCUGUCAUGGUGGAGACAGCUUUGCUAUGUGUGGAAGGGCUUUUGACCCCAACUUCCUGUUUCUGUGGCCCAAUGCUAGAGUGUCGAUUGUGGCCCCAGGGCACGCUGGUGCUGUGGUGCAGGAGGAACAUGAUGCCCAGCAGAUAAAUGAGCUACUUGAAGAAGAGAGUUCAGCUUUCUUUUCAUCAGGCAGACUAUGGGAUGAUGGAGUGAUUCUCCCACAAGAUACAAGAAAGAUAUUGGGGAAAUGCCUCAGCAUCAUUCACCAACAAGAAUAUCAACUGCAAAGGAAGAAGCAGCCCACUCCACUUCUCCGAAUAUAAUGCUACCUCUGAACAAAUCGUCUCACCGAUUUUUUUUUAUUUAGUUUUAUUAAUGAGUACUGUAGUGUUAAUUUAACAUUGAGUGCAACUAAAUGGCAAUAAUGCACUCUUGUAAUUUUUGCAAUGAAUCAAGUUAAUAUUUGUAUAUAAAGAUGUGCCUUAUGUGUUUCUGUUAAUGUGAUUAGAAUGGUCCUGAUAGGAAAAACGAAGCUACCAUGUAUUUGCAGACCCGCUAGCAUUAGAUUGGGUGUUAAGGAACUGGGCAUUAUACCAAGGUUUCAAUAUGAACAAUACAGCCCAGAGGUGCUAAAUUAAGCUAAGUACAUAUUCUAUUUUAUUUAUCUUCUUAUUUUAUAUUAUUUAUCUUUGGUGCUAAAUCCCCCCUAAAGUGCCCCUUCAAGAUCAGUAGUUGUUUAUAGUUUCUGUAUUUCCUGAUUACUGAAUUUCUCCAGUACACAUUGGAAGAAAGGGUUUUUAAGAGAAGCAUGAAGAAAAACUAACAACUCCAGCUAACAGAAAACAUUAUAAGAACAUUUAGCAAUGUUUAAAAAGGUUCCAGGAAUUAUGGCCUGUGACGUUAUUAAAAUAAUGUUCCUGUAACGCAGGGUUGCCAGGUCCAACAAAAAUAUCCAGCCCAAAGUCAGUCUAAAACCCGCCCUUUAGAAGCUUAAACAGCCCAAAAUAUAUGUCUGUCAGACGUUUGAAGCAAAUGACAAAAAAACUGAGUGUACGACUUAGUAUUUUUUUAUAAGGGAUAUAUUAUCAGUAUUGAUAUUUAUCUUUGAUUAAUAAUUUUGUAACAUUAGUGUUUUGUUUUAAUAGUUAUUUUAUAACAGUUUAUAUCCCAGUCAAGAACAUUUAAUAGUAACAUAAUUAGUUAAAAAAUGUUUUUUUUUGUUUGUUUUUUUUUAAGUAGCCCAAAAACGCAUCCCGCCACCCUUGAAUUUUCACCCGUGACUGGAUUUGCAAACAAGUCCAAUUUCGAACCUGGCAACUCUGCUGGAACGUAAAAUAAAAAUUCAAACAUUGAGAGAAGUAAUGUUGUUGCGACGUUAUCAGAACAUUUUAAAACUUUACAUGAAAUGUUCUAAGAACAUCUAGAAAACAGAGGCGUUCUGUCAAGGUACAGGGCGAAAACCUAGCUCCAAUAAAGAUAAAAUCGAAAAGCUAAA